AUGGCCGAAGACAAGAAGUCCGAUAACUAUACGAUCGAGAUGGACAAGUUGGAUCAGGGAAACAGUCGCACCUUCGAGGCACCUCCCCCGCCUCAGCCGCGAGCUGCUCCUCCAGCGAACAACCCGAUCCUGCCGGUGCUGGCUUACUGCGGAUCUUCGAUUUUGAUGACUGUCAUGAAUAAAUAUGUCUUGUCCGGUACCAACUUCAACCUCAAUUUCUUCUUGCUUUGUGUGCAGUCCGUUGUGUGUAUUUCCGCGAUUCAGGGGUGUAAGACCGCUGGUCUUAUUAACUACCGUGAUUUCAACAGUGACGAGGCGAGGAAGUGGUUCCCGAUUACUCUGCUUCUGAUCGGUAUGAUCUACACCGGUACCAAGGCGCUUCAGUUCCUCUCGAUUCCCGUCUACACCAUCUUCAAGAACUUGACUAUCAUCCUUAUCGCGUACGGAGAGGUGCUGUGGUUCGGUGGCUCCGUUACUGGCUUGACGCUUUUCUCUUUUGGCCUGAUGGUGUUCAGUUCGGUUAUCGCCGCGUGGGCCGAUAUCAGAUAUGCGCUUGAGAGCAGUGGAGACGCUACUGGCAAGAUCUCUACUUUGAACGCUGGAUACAUCUGGAUGUUGAUCAACUGUCUUUGCACGUCUUCCUACGUCCUUGGAAUGCGCAAGCGCAUCAAGUUGACCAACUUCAAGGACUUUGACACUAUGUUCUACAACAACUUCCUGUCGAUCCCCGUCCUGGUCGUUCUCUCCGUCUUCACUGAAGACUGGUCGUCCGCCAACAUUGAGCGCAACUUCCCCCCUGCCGAGCGCAACAACAUCAUCUUCGCCAUGAUCCUCUCUGGUGCCUCGACUGUAUUCAUCUCCUACACCUCCGCCUGGUGUGUCCGUGUGACCUCGUCCACCACCUACUCAAUGGUGGGAGCGCUGAACAAGCUCCCCAUUGCGAUUUCCGGAUUGGUCUUCUUCGACGCCCCCGUGACAUUCCCCAGUGUGUCGGCUAUCUUUGUAGGCUUCGUCAGUGGUAUCGUCUAUGCCGUUGCCAAGAUCAAGCAAAACGCUAAGCCCAAGACUGGUGCUCUGCCGACUUCGAAUCCGGUCAGUGCUAGCAGCCAGAGCAUGAGAGAUUCGUUGCGGUCAUAG